CUAAACAGCUGGGUAGCUAGCCUAAUCAAAGGUGGGGAAUCGCUUUGUUCUUGGGAAGGUUAUGGUUAGGCUACAAUUUGUUUUUCUAUUGGUUGAAGUUGAUGUUCCCAUUUUAAUUAUUGAAAUGUUCAUUUAUUAAAUUAAUGAUGGCUCUUCAAAGUUGUCGAAAAAUUAUCAACACAGUUUUAGUUGAAAGAAAACAUUUUUUUUCGUACAUUCCUCUUAAUAAAUAUGAUGAAACUUGUUUUAAUUUAUUGAAGUCCAGAAUAAAAUUUUCUGGACCCCUCACAGUGUAUGAUUACAUGAAAGAAGUUCUAACUAACCCUGUCAGUGGCUAUUAUGUUACUAAAAAUUCUAUUGGAAAACAAGGUGACUUCAUCACUUCUCCUGAAAUUUCUCAACUUUUGGGGGAAAUGGUUGCUCUGUGGACUUUAAAUGAAUGGACCAAGUUAGGCUCACCAAAGCCGCUCCAGUUAGUUGAAUUGGGACCAGGAAAAGGAUCUAUGAUGCAUGACAUUUUAAGGGUCUACAAACGAUUAAAGCUUGAUGAAAGUAUCAGUGUUCAUUUCGUUGAAGUUAGUGAUGAGCUCAGUAAAGUUCAAGGAAAUAAACUUUGUACUUCUGUUUUAAAACAUAACAAUAAAACUUAUUAUCAAGAAGGAAGAACAGAAAAUAAUGUGCCCAUUUUUUGGCAUAAAGCAAUUCAAGAUGUGCCCAAAACCUUUACAUGUAUUUUAGCUCACGAAUUUUUUGAUGCAUUGCCUGUUCAUAUCCUGAAGCAAACAGUAGAUGGUUGGCGAGAAGUCUUAAUAGAUCUUACUGAAUGUGGUACCAAACUUUGUUAUGUUAUCUCAUCUGGUCCCACGCCUGCUUGUGUCUUUAGUAAAUACUCCAACGGUCGAGAGUAUUUUGAAAUUAGUCCACAAUCAGGGCUUAUUCUUGAGCAUAUUGCCUGUAUGUUAGAAGAGCAUGGUGGCUUUGCUUUAAUUGUUGACUAUGGUCAUAAUGGAGAAAAAAAAGACACAUUUAGGGGUUUCAGAAAUCAUAAAUUAGUUGAUCCAUUAGAAGCACCAGGUUCCUCUGAUUUGACUGCAGAUGUUGAUUUCACCUUUCUUAAGAAUGUUACUAAUGAUAAAUUACUUUCUUUUGGUCCUGUUUCACAAAGGUCUUUUCUGAAACAAUUGCACAUAGAUAUUCGCUUACAGGUACUUUUGAAGAGCUGUAAGAAUGAGAAAGAAAAAAAUGACAUCUUGUCUGGUUACCACAUGAUCAUGGAUACUGAUAAAAUGGGAGAAUGUUUCAAAGUUAUGUCAUUGUUUCCUGUUGUUCUAAAAGAAUUCUUUAAUGAUUUUCCAGUUGUAGGUUUUGUAAAUAAAUAACUAUUUAUUUGUUUUUAAUUAUUUAUGAUAC